AUGGAGAUGGAGAUGGAUGAGAAUACGCUGAGGAUAAACCCUACGACCACCACGAUCUGUCAUUACGAAGACCAAAUGGUUCCGAGUAUAACGACGUCGUUGUUUAGGGGAGGGGAAGAGGAAUCGUCUUCAGAAAUUGGAAAUUUUAGGGAAGAUAGCAGGGUGGAAGUUCCGAUUAAUCAAGGUGCAGAUGGAGAUGGUCAAACGGUGAGAACGGGUAAUAUGCAGCCGCCGAUUGAUAUCACGAGGGCAUUGAGAAUUUCGGAUGAUUUGCCGGUGAAUUCUUCCAACAGUUCGAGUUCAAGUUCGAGGGAAAGAGAUGGGAGGGUUGUGCAUGUAUGGUCGCCUUCCAUUUCUAGUUUCUCGGAGAUGUUUGUUGGUGAAGAUACAUCUUAUUUGCAGAGGCGUACGUAA